AUGCUCGGUUGUUGUAUACCUCGUGAUCCAUCGAAACAAACAAAUAAAUUGAUAAAUGAAGCAUUAGAACGUGAUCGAAAAGAAAUGAAUUCGGAAUCAAAAUUACUUUUACUUGGUGCUGGAGAAUCUGGAAAGAGUACAGUUGUAAAACAGAUGAAAAUAAUUUUUAAUGAAAAUGGUUAUACUAAAGAAGAAUGUCUUCAUUUUAAACCAGUUAUUUUUUCUAAUACAAUUCAAUCAAUGUUAGCUAUAUUACAUGCAAUGAAUCGACUACAAAUUUCAUUUGAAAAUAUAAAUCGAAAAAGCGAUGCUGAAAUUGUACUUACUCAUGCAGAAAUAGAAAGUAAUCAUGAAAUUUUACCUGAAAUCGUUGGUCAAGCUAUACAAGCAUUAUGGAAUGAUGCUGGUGUGCAAGCAUGCUUUUUACGUUCUCGUGAAUAUCAGUUAAAUGAUUCAGCAGCUUAUUAUUUAAAUUCACUUGAUCGACUUAUUCAAUCUGAUUAUAUUCCAACUCAACAAGAUGUUUUACAUACACGUGUUAAAACUACUGGUAUUGUUGAAACAACAUUUACAUUAAAGAAGCAUAAGUUUCGAAUUGUUGAUGUUGGUGGUCAAAGAAGUGAAAGAAAAAAAUGGAUACAUUGUUUCGAUGGUGUAACAGCUGUUAUAUUUGUUAGUGCUCCAGGCCCGUAG